UGUUAAGGGGCACUCUGAUAGGCCCAUUUUAUUAUGUUAAGGGGGCACAAAUGGGCAAAUACUGUGGAAAGGGGCACUCUGAUGGGCACAUGUGAUGGAAAGGGGCACUCUGAUGGGGAAUACGACGUAAAGAGGCACUCUGAUGGGGAAAUCUGAUGUAAGGUGGCAAUGUGAUAGGGACAACUGAUGUAAAGGAGCACUCUGAUGCGCACACCUGAUGUGAUGGGAAUACAUGAUGUAAAGUUGCACUCUGAUGGCGACACCUAAUGUAAGGGGGCACUCUGAUGGGCAUACCCUAUUUUA